AUGGCAUCCUUGACGUGUAGAUUGACUGAAGCGCUGGAGCGUGGCGAUGAUCAUGAAGCAGCGCGCGCCGUGGUAGUGGGAUGCUUGAAGACUUGCCCAGAAGAGGCUAUAUACAAGGUUCGAGCUAGUUCGAGGAGAACGAUCUUUGUGCGUCUGCGCGAACAGAAGUACUUGACUGCAACGCUAGCAGAUCUCGGCGCAGUCGGCGAAUGCACGGGGCUGUUUGAACAAGACCACGCUGCCAAGGUCCAAGCUGAUGAGGCAUUGAAAGCCACAAGGGCAAAGCAGUGGGACGCUGCAACAGCGAGCGCUCCGACGCUGUUGCAGUCCACGGCGGACGCGAUGGCAAUGUUUGCUGCCGUUGGUGGUGGCUCGGCGAAGUUGAAGCGGAAGAUUUCGGCGGCGGCAAUUCUCACCGUGGACCGUGCAUCGAAAGUGGCAACCUCGGGGCUCCGUGCGAAGGGGAUGCGAGAGCUUGAUGCCGAAGAGUAG